AUGAGGAAAGUCAAACGAGCGUCCUCGGUGGAUCUGCAACAUAUCAGACGAGACGAUGGGCUGCCUGCUGGCGACCCGUCGACGACCGACACUACUUUGUUACCGACAGCCGAGGUCUCAGCGCUGCUCAAUGAUACCUCAGCGCUUCCUACACCGACCGACAACGUCUCUCAGCUUAGCCUUGCAACUGAUAGUACAUCAAGUUCAAUCGGCACCGUGGCGGGGACACCAGCUCCGGCUCAGGCCCCAGCAAAGACAAGCCAAGGAAGCAAGUCGUCAUGUACGCCAUCACCCACGAAGUCGUUGGCCCCGAGCGCAACUUGGACGACAUGUCCGUAUAAAGUCCACGACGGCAAGGUCAAUCCAGAUGUGCGAACCCUCCCGGACUCUCCGGCGGUGGUCAGCAUGUCCCAGUCCGUGCUAUACAACAGUCUCGCCUAUGCUAUGCAGAAGACCAGCGCAUACUCUCAAAGCGCAGCUUCUUUCAUUGACGCGUUCUUCCUGUCGUCCAAGACUGGCAUGCAUCCCAACAUGAACUUCGGACAGAUGGUGCGAGGCCCGGGCAAGGAUCAUCAAGUCGGUACAUUCACUGGCAUUCUCGAUUUGCGCGGGCUGGUCAAGGUUGUGAACGGUAUUCAGUUGCUGAAGGCUGCCGGAAGCCCCGACUGGACGUCAGCCAGAGACAAGGAGAUGACAAGUUGGAUGAACCAGUACAUAACGUGGCUGCAGACAAGUGACAUUGGCAAGCAGACCGCAUCCACGCCUAACAACCACUUCACCUUCUACACCAGCCAGAUUGCCGCUGCAAAGCUAUAUGUAGGUGACACCAAUGGCGCGAUGACUGCUCUUCAAAACUAUUUCUCGAAUCAAUACCUGGAUCAGGUCGCUGCUUCUGGGGAACAACCCUUCGAGGCCGUCAGGACAAGGCCUUACCAUUACAGGUGCUUCAAUCUGGAAGCUAUGAUCACCAAUGCGAAGAUAGGCGAUCAACUUGGGCUCAACCUGUGGAGCGCGAAGUCCAAGUAUGGCGCGACUAUCCAAACUGCUCUCGACUACGUGAUGGGUCUAAGCCCUGGCAGUGAGGCAGUUUCAGACAUCUUCCCUCAUGUCGCUGCUGUGGCCGCGGCAUACGGAGACCCAAAAGGGAAGUAUGCUGCGUUCCUCCAGAAGCAGGUCAGCACCUACAAGAGCACGCCGUUCUAUUUCUACGAUCAAACCGCCGCAUUGCCAAACUCGCCUGCCGCUCAUUCCACGCACAAGCGGGGAGUCGACGAACGAUUGGGGGAAACGCUGUCAACGGUCUCUGGCACAGAAGACUUCGUUAAAGACGCCGCCAUCACCGCCGCAGAUAUUGCUUUCGAAUGUCCUGCUGUGUUUACGGUGUCUCCAAGAGUCGAGAUUGACAAUGGUAUUUACGUGACCUGCGAUGAGCUGAAGCCGUUCUACGAGAUAUCCAUACCCUUUGGCACCAACACUUCUGCGCUUGUUGUCUGA